AUGUGUCGGCUCUUGAACAUCCUGUUGGCCCUGCUGAGUCGCUUCCUGUUCGCGGUCCACGGGGUGGUGACGGUGUGGCGCGUGGUGGCCGUUAAAGGGGAGCCACUCUAUUGGCUGCUGCUGACGGGCGUGGCUCUUCUCGGAGUGGAAAUGGCUGUCACUCUGAAGUGCACCCGUAACGCAGAGUGGAAAUGGUUCUCCCCCAUGGUUUUCCUGUACCUCAGCACUGUCAUUCCAUCCAUUUGGUUUCUGGAGCUGAGCCUGCUGCAGUCCAAGCUGCCCGUCAACAAUUCCUCAGGCCCUGAGCUUCAUUUGCUGGCUCACAUCCCGAUCACAGCGGGCAUCGUGGAGCUGGAGCCGGAGGACUGGGUGGCCGGCCUGGAGCAAACCAUGCUCAUCGUGCUGGUUCUGGGUCGCUGGCUGAUGCCCAAGGGGGACAUGUCCCGAGACCAGCUGUCCCAGCUCCUCAUGGUCUACGUUGGACUGGGCGCCGACAUCCUGGACAUCUUCGACACCUUUAAAGAGCCUGAAGUCAAAACCAACCGGGCGGUCGUCAUCACCGGCCUGGCCCUCUUCUCGUGGGCGCUCAUGCAGUUUCCUCUGGUUCUCACUCAGACACAACUCCCGAAGGGUGAGUCCCCUCAGAGGAGCCCAGGUGCUCUCCUCUGCUGCACUGGAGCUCCACCCUCGUCCGCCUCCUGCUGCUCUAGCGAAGUGUGGAGCUUGCUGCUCACAGUGGGACUCCAAGACGGCCCAUUCCUGGUUUACCGGCUCUACCUCAUGAUUCAGGAGCAGGUGCUCAACCAGCUCAUGAUCUUCUUCACCUGCAAGAACAUCGUCAUCGUCCUGCUGGAGCUUUACCGAAUCUUUGUGGUGCAGUGCGAGCAGCGGGCGGAGGAGUGGGGUUUGGAGAGGUGCACUGCUCUGGUGCUUUGGUGUGGAACCCAGCGGCGCGGGGAGGGGAAGCAAGAGGACGUGGGGAGGGAGGAGCGGUGUGGAGAGCAGAGCUGUCAUACAGACACAGACGGGGGCGCCGACAGGGAGGAAGAUCAGAAAGGUGCCCAUGUGUAGAAAGGCUCAAAAUGCCGUGAGGCAUUACAUUGGCCUUCAGGUGGGGUGGGGUGGCGAGGAUAGUGGGAGGUCUGCGGCUUUUACACACCAAGAGAAAAGUCGAACCCAUCCGUCAUCUAUUCAAGCCUCAUCCAGGCAGACAGUGUCAUUCCUCUGGAGGGGCAGUGACUAGAAAAUAGACCACAGGAGAAGAGAGUACGUCCCCACGGAAAAGAUCGGACAUGAAUUUAUGCAGCUUUCUUUGAUCAAACCUUUCAAAAAAGGCCGUCAGAGGAAGAACCUCCACUGAAUAAAACUGCUUCAACAAGUUUAACAUGAGCUGUCAGUUUGUCUCAUAUAAGAACGAACAGAGCUGAUGCUUUACAGUUCAGCACAUCUUUUUUU